AUGAGUUUGAAUUCGGCUGAAGUAGAAACUGAAUACGUGCAUUCAAUUUAUUCAAGAUUGGCAACAUAUCAACAAAAGGUAUUUUAUGUAUGGAUUACUGUAAUUUUUCGGGGAUUGAAAUUUAAAUUAUCUAGUUUUUCUCGUUUCUUGUGUCUUCUGUGUUUAUCUUUAGUUUCUGAAAUUCAAUUUUCGCCACGUAUAUUUUUUAUAUAUACUUUUCGAUUCUAUAUUCCAUCAAUUUUAGCUUACCCCAUUUAGCUCAUCUCCUAUUUAAUUGCCGUCAUUAUCCUUUUUCUUUUUUUCUAAAUUUGAUCGACAUAAAUUUAAAAGCUACAACGUGGCAGAUCUAAACAACAAAAAUUGAGAAAGUUCUAUAGAAAAUAAUUUGUUUUGGAAAACCUUUACCUAUUUUUAAUUUUUUGCAGGACACAAAAUCAAGUUCGCCACGAAUUUGGCCACGUGUCAAACAGUUUGUUGAUCAACAAUCAACUGGAAGUGUAAUUCUUGAUGUUGGAUGUGGCGAGGCAAAAUAUACAUCAACAAAAAGUCAUGUAAUUGGAUUUGACACGUGUCCAGAAGUGUUGGCUGCGAGCCAGAAGGAUCAUAUUGAUUUAGCUCUAGCUGAUGCGAUUAGUAUUCCUGUGAAGUGAGUUGAAGGGGAGAAUACUCUAACAAUAAAUGAAUAUAGGAGGAAAAUACACUUUGGGACCCCGCGUACCUUCACAUUUUUUCAGAGAUGAAAGUGUUGAUGCAGUUUUAAAUGUUUCUGUAAUUCAUCAUUUAUCAACUACUCAGCGACGAAAAAUGGUACUUCAAGGUGAGUUUUUGUAGAUUUUGAAAAUAUAGGUGCUUCAAACUUUUUACCAAAUAUUUUUCCAAAGAAUGAAUCAGUCAAGCAUACUUUUUCAAAAUAAAUUUUAAUUGUCAGUUUUUUGAAACGUAUUUUUAGCUUGUCAGAAUUUCGGUGUUUUUCAAAGUUCUAAAAAUGGCGGAAUAAUUUGAGAAAACAGGAAUGAAAUCGUUCUGUUCUUUUUUUGCAAAAAAAUUUGACAAAAAUUAAUAUUAAUACAGUAACCUAGAAUUAUUGCUCAUAUUAACUAUCUCAGGUUUUGAAUUCAAAGAUAAAUACACUCGGUUGAUCUCACGUUUUUCUAGGGCUACUGUAGCUCCAACACUAGAUUACUGUAGAGAUUUCCAGAAUGUUCGAGAUGUCUUCGAAUUGGCGGCCAAAUGCUUAUCUAUGUUUGGGCAUUCGAACAACCAAAUGGAAAAUUUGCAUCGCAAGAUAUAUUGGUUCCAUGGAAUAUGCAUGAAACUGCAAUCGGUGGUCGAUUACCAAAAAUCAAAUUUCAUAUGAAUACAACAAAAGAGCAACGAAUAAUUGCGGCUUCUAUUCCAAUUUGUAUUUCUGAUCCAACAACUUCAAAUCGUUGGUUUUCCGGUGUUCUCAAUAAAAUGGUAGAACAAUUUCAAUUUCCAUAUUUUUCGAAAAAAUCAACUGCACCUGAAUCGAAUAAUAAUAUCAACAAAAAUGAGAAGAAUUCGAAUUCGAAACUUCCAUCUGCAGUUCCUCAAUUCCUUCCGACAACAAAUUCAAUUAUAUCUGGAAUCAAAAGAUGGAGUCCGAUGUUGGGAAAAAGAUUGGCUAGUUUAUUGGUUCCGGUUGAAGAACAAUAUGGAGAAGAGUUGGCCAAUAAUAUUAUGAGAGAAAGUAUCACAGAAGCUAUGGCCACAUUGAGAGAGGUGAGGUUUUUUUGAAACAGAAGAGAAAAGAAAUAUGGAUUUUUUAAAUUUCAAAUCGUGCAGUAAUUUUGGUGCCGAAAAAUUAAAGGCUGAAUUUUUUUUCCAUAUUUGAAAAAAAAUCACGGAUUUUUUACGUUUCAAAAUUUAGAUAAUUUAUUUUAUUUUAAAAUCUGAGAUUAUGUAUCUUCAAUAUUUGGCCCAAAAUUUUAAAUUUGAAUUUUUCUCUGGCUACCGGAUAACGCAAACAUUUUCUCCCGCUUUUACUUUAGCUCCAGAACUUUUUUUCCAAUUUGAAGCCAAAAUUCUGUUAUUCUAAAUUAAUCCUUCAAAAAAUCAGAUUAACUUUUACAAAUAAAAUGUCUAAUUUUCUUGCAGGUAACCUUCUACCGAUAUUACCAUGUUUUCAAAGAAAACGAAUUGAAUAAUUUGGUGGAUUCAAUUCCCGAACUUCGAGUGAUUUCAACAACAUUUGAGCAUGGAAAUUGGUGUGUUAUUGCUGAAAAAAUUCCCGAAAAUAUCAUACGUGCAUAG